UAAAGUAUAGAUUAAAAACCAUUUAUGAUAUCAUUUAAUAAAACAAACCCAAAAUUUUAAAUCCAAUCCUCCCAUUUUGAGAUUGUAUUAACAGUUCUUUUUGCCACUUCAACACUCAAAACAAGGAUUAGGGGCCCCACGCUUUAACGCUCAACGGUCAGAUGUACUCCUCCAGGUUCCAGAUCUCCUUAAUGCCCUCUUCUUUUCCGUUUAUCAUCAUUGUCGAAGCUUGAAAACCCAGGCCAAAACUGAAGACAGAAAAUGGACGGCUUUGAUCGGCUACCGGAUUCUCUGAUCCUCCUGAUCUUCAACUCUGUAGCCGACGUCAAAACCCUGAUACGCUGUCUUUCCGUCUCUAAAAGAUUCAACUCACUCGUUCCACAAGCCGAGUCGCUCCUCUUAAAAAUCGACCGCGUCAUCUCGUCCGAGUCUGACUCCGACUCGCUGUUCCUCACCCUCCUCAAGCCCUUCCUCUGCCUCAUCUUGCCCAAGCCUACCCUGGGCCAACUUCGUAACCAGACGCACACUUACCCGGUACAAAUUCUCUCCCGGUUCCAACGAAUCAGGGAGCUUCACGUGGAAUUACCGGCCGGUGAUCUUCACUUAGAGAAAGGCACGGUCGUUAAGUGGAGGGCCGAGUUCGGUGAAACGUUAAAAAGCUGCGUGAUUUUAGGGUUCCGUUUGGGAAAUAAUAAUAACGGAAAUUACGAAGCGGAAUUCGGAGGAGGGUUGAAGACGCGCGUGAUGUGGACAAUAAGCGCGUUGAUCGCGGCGUCUGUUAGGCAUUUCCUGUUACGGGAAGUCGUUAAGGAUCAUGACGGAAUGGAAGAGUUAGUUUUAACAGACAGAGAAGGGGAAGGGGUGGUGAUGGUGGAACAACAAGGGUUGAGGGAGUGGAGGAAGGCGCGUGGGAGUUGCAGGAUGGAGGAGAGGAGGAGGAGGAGGAGAGGGAGGACGGUGGUCCCCAGUGUGAGGAUAAGGAUGAGGCAUGAGCCCAGGAUGGGUGCCACGUUGGUGGUGGUGAGGGCAGUGGAAGAUGGGGAGCAGACUGGGAGGGAAGCAGACAUGGAAGAUGCUGAAUUGGCAUUGAAGGCUUUCGGAAAUGGGGUUUAUGGUGAUGCUGUCAGGGAAUUGCUCAAGGUUAGAAGUUAUCUUCUUGAAACGAACUCCUUUUGAUUACUACAACUACUACAUAUGGUUUGUUUGUGUUGUUUCUAUAUUUGUAUAUAAUAAUCGUGUAAAUUUGAAGCUUGAGAGAUAUUAUAGAUCAAAUUCAUUUGCAUCAUUCAAUCAUCAUACAAAUGCAUAUUUCUUGUUAACGCUAAACUCACAUUUGCAUCCAAUGCUGAGCACCAAAGCAGCAGAAGUUACAAACGUAUCAUCACAUCUUUUACAUGUUUUGCACUGCCGUGGAAACAUGUUAACUCUAUUCGAUGCUUUUCUAUUCAAAUGUAUUUCUGCUAUCUGUCUGUGUAAAACAUGGAUUCAUGUAAUUUCCUUGUUAAAAAUAUGUCAGCAUCAGCAAAUCCAGGUUCUGCCUCUGAUUACAUUUGCAUAUGCUAUAUUGAUAAAAAAUCUGAUUGACAGUUGCCUACAAUAGGUCAAAUCCAAAUCCACCUUACAAACAAAACUACGACAUUCCAGGAUAGAAAUUCAAUAGCAAAAACUAUAAACUAAUUGUUAUGACAACGCAUAAUGUAAAAACCAUAUAUGUGAAUUUACAAAUUCAACCAACAAUAAUUAUGAGCCCACAAUAGCCACGAAUGCUUUCUCAAGCUCUCUUAAAUAAUGACGAACAUAUUUCUCUCGGAAACGCUUCCAGUUCGGAAAUCGUAAAAAUUGUAGUCAAACUAAGUUUCCUGCUUAGCAAAUUUUUACUUUCCAGAAUCUCAACAAUCAGUAGUCGAAGCUUUAGCCCAAUCUCAAGACUACAUAUGAGCACCGUCGGGUGGUUUAUUUAUAAAAGAAAUAUCUAUGUUCUUUCUGCUAAGCAAAAACUCACUGUGACCUCCUUAUUCUUCCUUUGUGAUACAGAAAACACCUCGGGUGUCUUCCUAAAAGUAAACAUGAUAUCAUCUUCACAAAAAACCCAACCUCCUAAAAAGCUUCAACUCGAGUUCCCAACUCUCUUCGCUCGCUGAACUCAACAUCCUAAGAGCAGCGAGAAACAUAUUUGACUUACUAUUAAGUUUUUCAUUUGCACUGCAUUUUUCUUUCCUUUUCUUCUCUUUUAUUUUGUUUUUUUUUUCCUUCUCUUUUGUUCUGUCCCCGCCUUAUUCCUUGUUUGUCGAUGAUGUGAUCCACUGCCUAUCCAGAAGUUAGAGAUCAAAAUCUGGUCAUCUCCCUCUUAAAAAUCUGGUAACAGAUCAAAAAUAAAUCCAUGAAAGUGCUCUCCCCAUCCCGCCUUCCCUGAUUCUUUCACUCUAACCUUUCAUUUUUUUUUAAUCCUCUGUUUCUUUCACGUCU